UGAAUUAAAGAACGGAGACUCCGUUGCCUGCGCGAUGGAGACAAGACGGUCCGUGAUCAUUGCUGCACAAGAGACACACCACCUGUCCACGGAAAAUGAGCCAAACCCAGCCAAUGGGAACACAGCGCCAUUUGAUUCAGCAGAUGAAAGUUCACAUUCUGAGGAUGUGGAUUUCAACUGGGAUGAAUACUUGGAAGAGUCGGGAUCUUCUGCUGCCCCUCACACCUCGUUUAAACACGUGGAAACCAGCCUGCAGAGCAGUUUCCAGCCGGGCAUGAAGCUGGAGGUGGGCAACAAGCACAACUCGGACACCUACUGGGUAGCCACCAUCAUCACGACCUGUGGGCAGCUCUUGCUGCUGCGGUACUGUGGCUACGAAGACGACCGCAGGGCCGAUUUCUGGUGUGACGUGAUGACGGCCGAUCUCCACCCGGUGGGCUGGUGCACCCAGAACAACAAGGCACUGAUGCCUCCCGACGCAAUCCAAGAGAAAUACACAGACUGGACAGAGUUUCUCAUCCAUGACUUGACCGGCUCACGGACAGCACCUGCGAAUUUACUGGAAGGCCCUCUGCGAGGAAAAAACCCCAUAGACCUCAUUACAGUUGAUUCCUUAAUAGAGCUGCAGGAUUCCCAGAAUCCCUUUCAGUACUGGAUAGUUAGUGUUCUUGAAAAUGUUGGAGGAAGAUUACGUCUUCGCUUUGUGGGAUUGGAGGAGACUGAAUCCUAUGACCAGUGGUUGUUUUACUUGGAUUACAGACUUCGGCCAGUUGGUUGGUGUCAAGAGAAUAAAUACAGACUGGAUCCACCAGCAGAAAUCUAUCCUCUGAAGACCAUGUCUGAAUGGCAGGCCGCUCUGGAUAAAGCUGUAAUUGAAGCAGCAAAGUUUCCCCUCCCAAUGGAAGUGUUUAAGGAUCACGCUGACCUGAGGAACCAUUUGCUCACAGUGGGAAUGAAGUUGGAGGUGGUCGAUACGGGAGACACAUGUCGGAUUUGUCCUGCCACGGUAUCCAAGGUUUUUAACAACCAUUUUGUUCAAGUAACCAUUGACGACCUGCGCCCGGAGGCCAGCCCUGCCUCCAUGCUUUGCCACGCGGAUUCCUUGGGGAUCAUGCCAGUCCAGUGGAGCCUUAAAAACGGAGUGCAUCUCUCCCCUCCCAAAGGUUAUUCCGGCCAAGAUUUUGACUGGGCAGAUUACCAGAAGCGCUGCGGGGCAGAAGCAGCUCCCCAGUUCUGCUUCAGAAAUGUGUCCUUCAGCCGAGGCUUUAUGAAAAAUAUGAAACUGGAGGCUGUGAACCCCAAGAACCCUGCUGAAAUCUGCGUGGCUUCCAUCUCCACCGUAAAAGGCCGGUUGAUGUGGCUGCACUUUGAAGGUUUACAAGCUCCUGGCCCAGAUUACAUCGUUGACGUAGAAUCAAUGGACAUAUUCCCAGUUGGAUGGUGCGAAGCAAACGGUUACGAGCUCUUGGCACCCCCUAAAGCGGUUUUACGAAGGAAGAGAAGGAUUGCAGUUGUGCAACCCGAAAAGCAGUUACCGUCCGGCGUGCCUGUCGAGAAAAUGCUUCCCGAGCCCUGCGUGAUUCCACAGACAGACACCGUGGGUACCAUCAACGGGAGGUACAGUUGUCCGGCCUUGUUCAUCAACCAUCGCUGCUUCUCGGGGCCACACCUGAACAAGGGAAGGCUGGCUGAGCUACCUCAGUCCGUCGGUCCAGGGAAGUGCGUGCUGGUUCUGAAAGAGGUCCUCAGCUUGGUGAUCAACUCUGCAUACAAGCCCGGGAGCGUUUUGCGGGAGCUGCAGCUUGUGGAGGAUCCCAGGUGGAAUUUCCAAGAGGAGACCCUGAAAGCAAAAUACCGAGGGAAAACCUAUAGGGCGACGGUCAAGAUUGUCCGUACAUCCGACCAAGUUCUGGAUUUCUGCCGCCGGGUUUGUGCCAAGCUGGAAUGCUGUCCGAACUUAUUCAGCCCUGUCCCAGUUACUGAGGCCUGUCCCGAAAACUGUUCCGUUCACACCAAAACCAAAUAUACUUAUUAUUAUGGAAAGCGGAGAAAAGUCAUGAAGCCUUCACCUGGCGAAAACAGCAGCCGCAGCCUGCAGAGCAGAGCCAGCCAGCCAGCCAGGUGCAAGAAGAGACGAAAACCCAUUUUGGUGCAAAAGAAAAGACGGUCCUCUCUAAUGGAUCGGGGCCCGGCUGGAUCUGCAGAGGAGAGUGAUGAGGAAGAGGCGGAGGGCUUGGAUGAUGAGACGGGGAGCGAAGAGACCAGCCCAGAGCUGCACGAUGACCAGGCAGACCUCCCUUCUGCAGGGCUGCCUCUGGCCAAGGGUUCAAGUACAAUGAAGUUGCGCAGCAGCACGGAUCUAGACCACGUGGCUCACGCCAAGAGGGGAAGCAGAGCUCGGAAGGCAUUGUCCAUGGUACGCGCCGAAGGAGAGAAAAGGGCUCCACUCAAGCAGGAGGCAAAGCAAGAGCCAGAAGGAAAACUGAUUCUGGAGAGCAACCCCUUGGAAUGGACGGUGAACGACGUGGUUCGGUUCAUCAGGCUCACGGAUUGCGCUCCGCUUGCCAAAAUCUUUCAGGAGCAGGACAUCGAUGGCCAAGCUCUCCUCCUGCUGACCCUUCCAACCGUUCAGGAAUGCAUGGACCUCAAGCUCGGCCCGGCCAUCAAGCUGUGCCACCAGAUCGAGCGGGUCAAGCUGGCGUUCUACACACAGUAUGCCAAGUGAGACCAGCCUGCCCCUCCACACUCGCCCCUCUCCCUGACGUUCGACGGUUGCAUCGGGAUUUCUUCUCCGCAGACCGCUCUUCCUUCAGAAGGACCGAUAC